AUGAAGUUACCCGGUGGAACUAUUAUUUGUGCAAAGAAUGCGUCGUCGUACUAUGAUGCAGUUAUCGUUGGAGGUGGAAUGGUUGGAAAUGCGAUGGCGUGCUCACUAGGAGCCAACAAGUCAUUCCAAUCGAAACGUGUCUUGCUCCUCGAUGCCGGACGUUCGCCAUCUCUUUCGUCCUUUGAGUCAGGAGCUCCAUUUAACAAUCGGGUCGUUGCCACUAGUCCAACAUCCAUUGACAUUUUCAAAAAACUGGGAGUGUGGGAACGAAUCAAUUCACAUCGUGCCAAGAAAGUGAAUCGAUUAUUCGUUUUCGAUAGUUGCUCAACGUCGGAAAUUGAAUUUGAAAGAGGCCAGAAUGAAGAGGUCGCAUAUAUUAUUGAAAACGAUUUGAUCGUCGGAUCCCUCUAUGAAAAACUAGCGGAUUAUAAGAAUGUCGAUGUGAAAACUGGAGCAAAAGUUGAAGUUUGUUUCAUUCCGAACGGAUUGGAGAAUAUGGCAACAAUUAAAUUGGAGAAUGGAGAUGUUAUCGAGACAAGUCUUUUAAUUGGUGCCGAUGGUGUCAACUCGAAAGUUCGUCAUGCAUCGAAUGUCGACUACACUACGUUCAAUUAUAAUCAGCAUGGACUAGUUGGAAUAGUCAAUAUUGAGACCGCCAAUGGAAAGAACGAAACCGCUUGGCAACGUUUCACCACACUCGGUCCUGUUGCCCUUCUCCCUCUCUCCGAUACGAUUUCUGGUCUGACGUGGUCCACAAGUCCCGAAGAAGCACAACGAUUAAAGCAACUUCCAGCUGAUCAGUUUGUAGAUGAACUUAAUUCUGCAUUGUUCUCACAAGACGACCAGCUGCCAUACGUGAAUCAGGCAAUCUUCGCUUUGAACAAAAUGAAUCCAUUCCGAACAGAAACAUUUGGACGCAAAGCAGAAGGAACUACACCUCCACACAUCAUUUCAGUUCAAGACAAAAGUCGAGCAUCGUUUCCUCUUGGCUUUGGAAAUGCACAUAGCUAUAUCACCACACGAUGCGCGUUGAUUGGGGAUGCUGCUCAUAGAAUGCAUCCACUUGCAGGACAAGGUGUGAAUCUUGGUUGGAGCGAUGUACAAAUUCUGGACAAAAUACUUGGAGAUGCAGUACGAGAAGGAGCAGAUAUCGGAAGCAUCACAUAUCUUCGAGAAUACGAUUCAGCUGCACAGAAGCAUAAUCUGCCCGUUAUGGUUUCUGUCGAUCUGCUAAAUCGAAUCUACCGUACCGAUGCGCCCGCGAUUGUUGCUGCUCGAGCGUUUGGCCUGAACGCAUUUAAUUCUCUGGGACCUGUCAAAAACUUUCUCAUGAAUUAUUUAUCAGCACAUCGGUGA